GCUGCUAGAAAACCUCCCACCGGGCGCGCAGAGGCUGCACCGUCGGCAUCAAGACCCGAGGUGGGACGCAGGUUGAGAAUAUCUGACAGGUGGACAAGAGGCUGAUAUGAGUCGGCACAGCUCUUCGCUUCUGGACGUAGUUUUGGCUCGUGACGACUUAAUGAAGUGAAAGUGAGGUCAUUUGGCGGAUCAGUCUUCUCUGAGAUGGAGCAAUGAAGGUGGAGCCAUGAUGCUGCAGCGGGUCGUGGUCAAACCCCGGAGACAAGCUUUACGGGGAGCUGGUUACCUAUUUCAUGCCCAAUCCUGCUCUACUCUUUCCAUGACAGAGGAACGUUUUUUAGAUGCCGCAGAAUAUGGCAAUGUUCCUGAAGUGAGGCGGAUGCUAGAGGAGCUGCCAGACCUCAACAUCAACUGUGUGAACUAUAUGGGCCAGAAUGCAUUGCAGCUGGCAGUUUCCAACGAACAUUUGGAGGUUACUAAGCUCCUACUUAGAAAGAAAGACCUCGCUAGAAUAGGAGAUGCUUUGCUGUUAGCCAUCAGUAAAGGCUACGUCCGUAUAGUGGAGGCCAUACUGAACCAUCAGGCCUUCGCGGACGGACAGAGGCUGAUUAACAGCCCCAGCCAGGUGGACACACAUGAUGACUUUUUCGCUUAUGACGAGGAUGGCACACUUUUCUCACACGACAUCACUCCCAUUAUUCUGGCUUCCCAGUGCCACGAGUAUGAAAUAGUGCAUAUACUUCUUAUGAAGGGGGCCCGUAUAGAGCGUCCCCAUGACUACUUCUGCCAGUGCAGGAACUGCAGCGAGCAGCAGAGGCAUGACUCUUUUAGCCAUUCACAAUCUCGCAUCAAUGCAUAUAAAGGUCUGGCCAGUCCAGCGUAUCUUUCCCUCUCCAAUGAAGACCCUGUGAUGGCAGCUCUGGAGCUGAGCAAUGAGCUUGCAGUUUUGGCCAACAUUGAGAAGGAGUUCAAGAAUGAUUACAAGAAACUGUCAAUGCAGUGUAAAGACUUUGUGGUGGGGCUCCUGGAUUUGUGUCAAAACACAGAGGAAGUGGAAGCCAUCUUAAAUGGGGACAUUGAAUCAUGUAAAAGCUCUGAAACCUUUGGCAGACAAAACCUUAUCAGGUUGAAACUUGCAAUAAAAUAUGAAGUUAAAAAGUUUGUGGCACAUCCAAACUGUCAGCAGCAACUCCUCUCCAUCUGGUACGAGAACUUGUCUGGACUACGUCAGCAAACCACAGCAGUUAAAAUCCUUCUCGUCCUUGGCGUAGCUGUCGGGUUGCCUGUCCUGGCCUUUUUAUACUGGAUAGCACCAUCAAGUAAGUUAGGGAAACUCAUGUGUGGACCUUUCCUGAAGUUUGUGGCCCAUGCAGCUUCCUUUAUGAUAUUUCUUUGCCUACUGGUCCUGAACGCAGCAGACCGUUUUGAGGGACCGUCGCUGCUGCCAAACAUGACCACCCAUGACCACCCUUCACAACUGUUUCGUAUGAAGACCACCCCCUUCACCUGGAUGGAGAUUCUCAUCAUAUCCUGGGUCAUAGGGAAAAUUUGUGAAGAAUGUAGAGACAUUUGGUCGCAGGACAUCCGGGAAUACAUCUCAGAACCCUGGAACCUUCUCGACUUUAGUAUUUUGGCCAUUUUUAUGACGUCCUUCAUGGCCAGAUUAAUGGCUUUCUGGCAUGCGUACUCUGCCCAGUGUUAUGUUGACAAGCACUAUACUGACCUGUCCAACAUGACCUUGCCCUUUGAGAUACAGUAUUUCCAGCUGGCUCGAAUAGACUGGAUUCCCUCAGAUCCGCAACUUAUUUCUGAAGGCCUCUAUGCAGUUGCAGUUGUGCUGAGUUUCUCUCGCAUUGCAUACAUCCUGCCUGCCAAUGAGAGCUUUGGCCCUUUGCAGAUUUCCCUGGGAAGGACAGUGAAAGAUAUCUUUAAGUUCAUGGUGAUUUUCAUAACGGUUUUUGUGGCAUUCAUGGUGGGAAUGUUCAAUCUGUAUUCAUACUACCUCGGAGCCAAGCACAACGAUGCCUUCACAACGAUCGAAGAGAGUUUUAAAACAUUAUUUUGGGCCAUCUUUGGCUUGUCGGAAGUGAAAUCGGUGGUCCUUAACAUCGACCACAAGUUCAUUGAGAAUAUUGGCUAUGUUUUGUACGGGGUGUACAAUAUCAUCAUGGUGAUCGUCUUGCUGAAUAUGCUCAUUGCCAUGUUUAACAGCUCCUUUCAAGAAAUUGAGGAUGAUGCUGAUGUUGAGUGGAAGUUUGCUAGAGCGAAACUCUGGUUCUCAUACUUUGAGAAUGGCGGCACGCUGCCUGUGCCCUUCAACCUCGUACCCAGCCCUAAGUCUGUCAUUUCCUUCCUUCGGGGAACAAGGGAAUUUCUCUGGGAUGUAACUCGAGGCAAAAUCAAAGAAAAUUCAAAGAAUGAGAUGGAACUUAACAAGUUGAGGCAACAGGAAGAUCUGAGUGUGGAAGCAUCGCUUUGUCCCACCCGUCACAAAAAGAUAAUGAAUCGCCUCAUCAAAAGAUACAUCUUAAAAGCACAGAGAGAUAAAGACAAUGAUGAAGUGAAUGAAGGUGAACUGAAAGACAUCAAACAGGACAUCUCCAGUCUCCGCUACGAGCUGCUGGAAAUGGGGAACCACGAGAUGGAGACCCUGGCAGAGCUCAUCAGGCAGCUGGAUGAAGUCAUGCGUGCCCAGAAGAAACAGAGCUGAGAAGAGCAAAAGAAUGAGCUCGCUAUAUUUUCUUUAAAAAAAAUUUAAGUAUUAGAGAUGUUUUUACUGGUUAUACUGCACUCCGGGGCACUCAGUCAGGAUCAAAAGGCCCUAGGCACAGACUUAAUCCACUUUUAUGGAUGAAUCUAAUCUGAUAACACUGGAUAUUCUGUGUUUUAAAUAUUAUAAAUGGUUAACAUCCUUGAGUUUUUCCUUAGCAUUAAUAUACCAAUUUAUAGCAGAACUCAUCAAAUUCUCUGUUGCCGCCCCUGUUUCUGUACAGUUUACCACAUGGUGGCACUAAUGAAACUUUCUUCUUGUUGCACAGGCUCUGUUACACUAACAUUCACUACUGACUGAUAACAUGAUGGUGCUGCCUGUCAACAGCUGUUGAUAUGCUUUGAUUUAAAGGUGAUUUUUUUCCAUCUGGAGCAGAAACGCAGUUAAGAUAAGUGGAAAAGAAGCAUAUGUUUGUAUGUGUCAGCGACAGGUUCAUUCAGACAUGUCAUAAAGAUAAAUGAAAACCUGUUGGUAAUAUCUGCCCUCAGAGCUUUCUGUGAUUCUAAAGUUAUAAGAUAACCAUUGUUUUCAUGUAAUGUAACCAUAAAAUCACUCAACAGGACUCUAGUUUCAAUUUUCAUACAUUCACUUUUGUUAUAUUUUUUAUGUUGUGUUUUAUUAAAAUGCUGAUCAAUUAAGCAUAGCGUCUAAUGAAUAUGAACAAAAAUCAGUGCUAAUUAUCUUCACCUCAUGGGAUACAGAGGGUUUAUGGGUUUUUAAAAUCAAUACAGCAGAUGCUAUUGGGCUCUCUCACGCUGUGUGACAGAAGCAAGACAAAUGUCUG